CCAGCAGCACUUCUGCUACUAUUUCUAAUCUCUAACACCACAGCAACCACCACCAAUUCCACCGAACUUACUACCACCAGAGGAACCACCACUAUUUCCACAGAAGAGACCACCAUAACAGGACCCAUUACCACUUUCACAGAGCCCACAACCACAGCAACUGCCACAACUUCUAAUAAAGGCACCACCACCACAGCAACCACCACUAUUUCCACUGAGCUCUAUCCUACUUCCAAAGAAUCCACUUCAAUAGCAACCACCACUACUUCUACAGAAACCCCCACUGCAGCAACAAACAUCACUUCUACUGAACCAGCCACAAUCACCACCGCCACUAUUUCUGCUGAACCCAUCAUCACAGCAGCAGUCAUUACAGAGCCCACCUCUACAGUAACCGUCACAUCUUCCACAAAAUUCCCCGACACAGCAACCAUCAUCACUACUACAGAACCCACCACUUCUGCUGAACCACCCACCACAACUGCAACCAUCAUUCUUUGCACAUAACCCAUCACAAUAGCAACCACCAGCAUUUCCACAGAACCCACUACUAUACCAAUUACCACAAGUUCCACAAAAUUCCCCACUACUGCAGCCGUCAUCACUUCCACCACAG